CUUAUUGCUGGAAAUGCCAGAGGCAAGUUCAUUCGUAGGUAACACGCCCUCUUAAACUGGAUUCCCUCCGAGCAACUGGAUUUGGACUUGUCUAAAACCGCCUCUGCUGUCUGCUGAUGACAUAUGGCAUUGUGAAAAGGAGCUUUAAUUUGGGCCACCAUUAACAAUUACACAUCAGCACUGAGCCAUCACAAGACAUUGGAGUAAUCACAGGAUCCAAGAUGGCCACCUAUAUGCAUCCACUCUUGGUAAGCUUCUCAUUGGCCAUUCUUCUGGGUAUGACCUCUCUGGGUGGACUGAACUCGUGGCCGUCAGGUCAAGUUUUGGCCCAAGUCUCUGCCAACAACCAGACAACAGAGCCCUCUAUAUUAUCAGAGGCCGCACUGGCAACGCCCACACCAGAUGUGGAGGACCAAACAGCUCCAAGUGGCGGUAACCGUUGCUGGGGUUACUAUGAUGUCAUGGGCCAGUGGGAUCCACCCUUCAACUGUAACGCAGGUAUCUACUUGUUCUGUUGUGGUUCCUGCUUCUACCGCUUUUGCUGUCAGUUCAAAGUCCACAGUUUGGACCAGACUUCCUGUUCCAACUAUGACACACCCGUCUGGGCAAACACUGGAAAACCGGCGGCACCCGUCACAGAGGUCCAAGAGGAACCAGACCGGGAUCGGACCCACAUGAUCGUGUAUAUUAUCUGUGGAGUGGUGGCCAUCAUGGUGCUGGUGGGGAUUUUCACCAAGCUCGGGCUGGAGAAGAGUCAGGGAGGACAGACUGACAUGACCAACUCCAGGACUCUGACAGAGCUGCUGAAGCAGCCAGGGGAGGCAGGAGCAGUGGAUGGAACCGGCAUUCAUCACCCAAUAGGGACCAACGGCAUCUCCGCCAGGGCUCUGCGCUCCAACAAUGAUCAUAACCAUCUGAACAAUGCAGCCUUGUCUCCCCUGGGUCCGGCCAUGGCCUUGUCUCACCCUCAUAACAACCUGGGAAUUGGUUUCAAUAAGUACACUUCACUCAAGGCCGUGGACACUGCUGCAAGAGACUACUACAAGAGCUACCCAAUGGUAGACUACACACACCGCCAGUCCCCUCCUACUUUCCAGCCAAUCAACUUCCACCCCAAGGACAAGCCCUUCCUCCCGCCGCCUGACAUCCAUGCACCACUCGCCAUCACCAUCAACGCCUCCCAGAUCCCCAAGCCCAAGAUCUCCAAAACCAACACCCACCCGCUCACCUCCAGCUCGGCUUUCAAGGCAUGGGACCCCAGUAAGAGCCACACUCAGCACCCCGCGGCCUCCCACAUGGGCCUCCAGGGGCCGCAGCACCACACCAUCCAGCAGCAGCAGCACCAGCCACUGCACCAACAGAACAGCCGGCGCCAGGCCUACUCCAACAAGAGGCAGUUCAGCAUCGAGACGCUGCCUGAGCUCUUCUCCCAGCCGCUGGGCUAUGGCCACUCGCCGCACAUGCACCCCAAGCACAAGGGACUGCCUACUAACAGCAAGACAGAGGUCACUGUCUGAACAUGGGCGUGAAUGGACAGAAGAGCCAGAGAGGAGACAAGAGAAGCGGAGUUGUAUCUUUUAUAUCCACAGCCAUAACGGCAAGAGGGGGCAAGCAAAUAUCGUGUAUGAUCUGAAUUUUUUUAACUGCGUUUUCCUCAUCAUUGUUGAGAACAAUACAAAUAAUACCAGUGAUAUCUGAGUACAUUUAAGACCACUGGAUCUAAACAGCAACAGCAGAUAAACGGUGAAGUUGGAGGAUUGACAGGUGUUGGCUAUGACUCUUUGAACCCAGCGGCUCUCCUAAAUAAUUGAGUGGCCUCUCAGUGUGUUGGCACAGAUCUCUCCCCCUUCUCCUCUCACCCCCCUCGCACCUCAAUGACACUCUGCACUGCUCUGUAGCGCCACUCCACUGCUCACAAAUGUUCAAACCCCACACACACACACCAUUUUACCCCACAAACACCGUCCCGCACACACACCAGCCCAGACGCACUCUAUACUACAAUUUCCAACGCUGCCAGAGAGGCUGGUCGGGCAGUGUUUCCCGUAAGACUUUGGCUUCCCAUCAGCAGAGACAAUACCAUUGUGUUGUCAGCUCCCAUUGCCCUCCAGCCCUCCGGAGAGUGAGAUAUCAGCCUGGCAAUUCAUACCAGAGAGGAGGGCGGGGGGGUUAUUCAUCUCAUUCCAGGGGCAAAUGAAAUGAGAAGGAUCUGAACCAUGUACACACACACAUACACACACUCACUACACACUUGUCAAAAACUACAGAAGGUUCCCAGCAGUGUCAGAGACCACAGGCAGCCCCCCCACUGACACACAAACAGACACACACUCUCUCCACGCACACACACUGAUCCUCAGAAACUGGGGAAAUGAACAAGCAAGCUCUCUUGUUGGUAUUUGUGGCGGUUUGUUGAGCUGCUAAUUUCAGUCGCCGUCUCAUGUGCUGCUGUGGAUGUGUCACGGUGGCUAGAAAAAAAAGAGUCCAUGUAUCCAUGAAGGUCAUGACAAAGUCAUUGCAAACUCUCUUCCUCUCUGCUCCACACUGGGUUUGUGUCAGAGAAAUGUCAGCCAAUACAGGCAAAAUAUGAUCAUGAAUUUAGAUCAUGUACAUUUUCCAAGAUCCAUUUAACUGUAUCUCAGCGGCAGAUCCAUACAUUUGGAAUUAUUUCAUGAUCAAACUCUAUUCGAAGAGAAAGCAGUGAUGCGUACAGGAACACCUUUCCCCUGUAUGGCUGGUCCUAAAGACAGCGGCAGAGCAGUUUGAUGCAUGUGCUUACUGUCGCAAUGCUAGCAUAAUCUGAGAGGCUGAAACCGCUUGUCAGAGCACUGCAAUUUACUUCAAUCCCUCUUAAUGAGGUGCUUUAACAUCAAGUUUCUUUUGGCAUGAAAGUUGUCGAGUUUAAUAUUGGCAGGAAAUAACAGUUAUUGAUUAUUUCAGCUAAGAAAUGUAAUAUUGGUUUCAGCUUUCAAAAUCCUUUACUGUACCUCCGCAUCACAUAUUCUUACCUCCACUCUCACCAUAGAGAACAGUCCAACAGCCAGUCUGACUCACUGAUUGAAUUCACCUUCAUUUGUUAUCAUGAGGACACCAGCUAUGCCGCAGUGCAUAUGCUUGGCACAUGCUACAGUACAUCAGACAGGUGGUGGAACCUAAUCAAACUGCAGCGUUUACCAGAGUCACACACUAUUUAGCACUUUUUCUCGCUCCCUCUCUCUGUCUCUCACUCUCUCUCUACUCCCUUGCAGCCUCUUACCAGACUGUCUUCAACCCCCCACCGCCCUCUCCUCACCCACCCCGACCUCCUUCUGUGCAUCCAUGUCCACGAAGGAUUGAGCGAUGUGUAUACCAAGCACUUGUCUGGUGUUUGGUACCCAAUACUCCAAGCUGUUGUAAACCGUGAUGUUCUCAGUGGGUCCUCUUUGCAUGUGUGUGUGAGUGUGAGUGUGUGUGUGUGAGUGUAUGGGGAGAAAUCUAUAAUUAAUGACAGAGUCCAGCAUGGCAGAUUCCAGAUUUAUUCCCUCAUACACCGACACACACAUGCACAUGCAAGCAGUCACACAAACUCUGCAAAGCAAGUGAGCAUGAUUAUACACACACACACACAUACACACACAAACAGGUUUACUUAAGUCAC